AUGCCAGGUUUCCGCAGGCCGCAUACCACGGCCUUUGCGCCCCUUGAUGAGAAGAGUUUCGACAUGCUCGAGAGGGCGUUCCAGGGUGCUGAGUACAAGCCCCUCAAUGAGAGCAUGUUUAGCAGAAGCAAAUCGAUCAAAGAGAAACACCGAAGCGUACCGACGACGUUUGCGGAUAUUCCGAGCUCAGACGAGGAGGGUAGCAUUGAUCUGGACUGUGAUGUAGAUACGGGCGUCGACCAUAGCAAUGUUACUUCCCGCGGGAUCGAUCGAAGCAAAUUCAAUAGCGAUAACAACCACCGCCCACAGACGCCGCCUCACCUGAUCAAGGGCGGUACUGGCCUCCCUCCUACGCCUCCGACAAUGGCAAAUUCUGACAUAGCGGAACCUCGCGCUGAAAGUCUUGCGGCGAAUGUUCAGUUCGCUGAUGCUGUGAGGGAGGCGUUGCGUACACAGAAAUCAGGCCUAAGCACGCCCGGGCGGAACCUCCCCACCCCCGAUCCCUCUCCGCCGGGCACGAGUGGAAACUUGACUUCGCCAACAUUGGAUGCAACAUAUCUUCACCCUCUGAUCGCGCAUCGCCUAAAACAAUAUCCCAGUUCAAGAGCCGAAUCCUUCUAUACCGCACGCGAACAUUCAAGCCGGAGCCAGCUGCAUUUACCGCAAACGCCUUCUCCCGCGCCGCUGCAGCACUGGAUGGAUUCGACACGUGGGUUACGGCUCGCUAACGUCGAUCCCAGUAUGGCAAAGCGAAGCGCCGUUAACGAAGCCAGGGAGAUGCCCUGCCGUCGGGAUAUCACUGCAAUCUAUCACGGGCACCCCGGUCCAGCUGCUUCUCCAUAUGAUCCUCCGGACACGCAUGAGGUGCCAAAUCGCCGGAUGAUCACUGCCAUUCACUCUUUAACUGCCGCGGACCGAGUUGCUUCUCCACUCCACACUCCGGAUUCGGAUGGCGACGUGGACAAGCACAUAUCGUACAUUAGCAAUGAGGAGGAAGCUGACCCUUCUCCGAACCAUAGGGGCAACCUACGUGACUUGCAGGGCCUCGCCGCUUCUUCCUGGCUGGCGAGCGGGCUGACGCCGUCGGAUCAAACCAGCGCCGAAGAUGUCAACAACUCCGUCUACAAGCAAAUUCAAGAAGAGAACGUCAAGCGACACAGCGCGUUAAGCCAUGGCAGCGCGGCACCCGCAGGUCUUCACUCGCCUGAUGGACGUCAGCAUACGCUCAAGCGUAGCGCGAGGCACGAAUCACUUCGCAAUGUCUCGAGAAGCGAGAAUAGCCCACGCACUAGCCUUGAUACAGCGCCGAAGCAACUACGCCAUAAGAGGGCGCAAAUACCAGCUAAAUCCUUCGAAGCGUCUCCCGUCAGGGAGUCGGGUGCCGCAGAUUCUGACCUGUUCUGGUGGGCUCGUAGUGCAGCUCCCAUGGCGGUCGAGGGUUUACCGUCUUCGCUGACGGAUAUGAGUGUGCAUCGUAAGCAGCAGCAGCAGCAUCACACUUUGUGCCGUGUGUCGCACCGUAAUCGACUCGAAGACACCCUUACCAUUAGACGUCUCACUACGGCGAAGGAGACUAGUAACGAUCGCUUGCUGGCUACCUCAUCGGUUCCAUCUCUGCUAGGGUUGAACAACGCAGCGAAGCAACAACGCCACACUCCGCGCGAUGCACAAGUUGAACAGCAUAUUCCUGUUCAGCCUGUUGGCGCGGGCUUCGACAUUGCCACGCCUGACGAGGAACUACUCCACCCGGGAUUCGAGGCAUUGCCGACAGCGUACCAUUCUCGCAAAGCCUCCGCCGUCUCCAAUGACUCUCGCAGACAGCGCGCCAGCAUGGACACCAACGGCGGCGCUUUCAUGCCGUCCUCGCCACGAAAGAGCUUCGACGCUCGCUUCCUGCAUCCGAGCCCUACGCCACUGUCAACCAGUCAGUGGUCGGAGCGAAGCGAGAUGGAGGUCUGCGAGGCUCAAGGCAUCAACAUCUACCCACACCACAACGAGAGUCUGUUAGUGGUGCAGCAUGUGUCACGACCAGUGAGCAAAUUGCCGUCCACGUCGUCGACGACCGCCCAGCUCAAUCGUGCUGAGCAUAUGCCUUCGUUCUCAGCACAAAUCACGCAGACGUCACCGACUGAUGGCGAGCACAACCCUACCAUCCACGUCGAUAGCCCACUUACGAACCCUCGUUCGGCACCAACGCCGCCAGCCUUCAAGAUCAUACCUCCCACGCCGAACAAGGAGCUCCUAGAGCGCGAGCGUGAGCGCGAGCUUGAGCCCGAUCAUGACCACGGCAGUACCACUUUCCAACCGCGUUCAAGCCUAAUGCAGCGCGCGCGCCGCUUAAGCGAAUCCUUCAUUGAGCAACCCUUUCUCACGCGCUCCCUCAGCCUACGCAAGCCUAAGCGUCCGAACACCGCCGAUGAAGACCGGCCACAGAACCUGUCGCCGCUCUGGCAACCACGCCGUUUCUGGGAUGGCUACGACAGUGAGGAGGAAUUGUAUGAUAGCGAGGACCUGGAUGGCUUACCCAUUGGCAGACUCCCACAGGGUGGCGAUACCUCUGACGUCGAAAGCGUUAAGCGUCGCGCUCUCUGGCCGAGACAGAUGAGCGUGCGUAUGCCUGGGUUCAGGGGCAGGGGUGGCUUUCUUGUCGGUAACAGUCUCGGUCUGGAUAGGCAUGGAACCAACAACCGCCGCCAUUACGUGGUGAAGAAGAGCAGUUCGGGUGGGAUGGGCAGUCGCGGCUCUUAUGUGAGCCAGGGCGUUGUGAGGAAGCGGCCAAGCGAGGACCAGCUCACCCGGGCAAAUGGUGAGAAGAAGACGGCGCGUCCGUCUGUUUUGAGCAGGAGUUUGAGUGGGAUUCGGCGGAACAGGGAGGAGCGGGAGAGGGAGAAGAGGCGUCGUCUGCUCAAGGAGCAGAUUGUGCAUGGGCAGCGACAGUGA